AUGAACGGCAGCGAUCGGAGAAGAACUGACCGCAGAGACACUCGGAUUUCCAAAAAACAGAAGCUGAUUCUGUCGGCCGAAGAAAAACUCGAAAGCAAACUCGGCUUCGAUCUAUUUACCGAAGGCGAUAAACGCCUCGGCUGGCUUCUCACUUUCUCUUCCUCAUCUUGGGAGGAUCAGGAUACCCAAAAAGUAUAUAGUUGUGUUGAUUUAUAUUUCGUUUGCCAGGAUGGUUCGACGUUUAAAGCCAAGUAUCGGUUUCGGCCUUAUUUUUAUGUUUCUACCAAGGAUAAGAUGGAAAUGGAUGUUGAUGCACAUUUAAGACGACGAUACGAAGGGCAAAUUGCUGAUAUCAAAGUAGUGGAGAAAGAGGACCUUGAUCUUAAAAACCAUCUUUCUGGAUUGCGGAAAACCUAUUUAAAGAUAUCGUUUGAAACGGUACAACAACUUAUGCAAGUAAAGAGUGAUCUAAUGCACGUGGUCGAAAGAAAUAAAGAAAAGUCUAAAGCUUCAGAGGCGUAUGAGGCCAUAUUGGCUGGAAAAAGUACUGAGCGAAAUCAAGAUUUAAUUGACUGCAUUACUGAUCUCCGGGAGUAUGAUGUGCCUUACCAUGUCCGUUUUGCCAUUGACAAUGAUGUAAGAUCUGGACUGUGGUAUGAUGUUAAUGUGUCAAGCGAUGGGAUUAUGUUAGAAAGAAGACAUGAUCUGUUGCAACGUGCUGAAGUUCAUGUUUGUGCAUUUGAUAUAGAGACCACAAAGCUUCCUCUAAAAUUUCCUGAUGCCGAGUAUGAUUUAGUUAUGAUGAUCUCAUACAUGGUUGAUGGACGAGGAUAUCUGAUUAUCAAUAGAGAGUGUGUUGGUGAAGAUAUAGCAGAUUUGGAAUACACACCAAAACCUGAAUUUGAAGGACACUUUAAAGUUACAAAUGUGAAGAAUGAGGUUGAGCUGCUCAGAUUAUGGUUCUCUCAUAUGAGAGAGGUGAAGCCUGGUAUUUAUGUCACAUACAAUGGAGACUUUUUUGAUUGGCCAUUCUUGGAAAACAGGGCAGCUCACCAUGGCUUGAGAAUGAAUGAUGAGCUAGGAUUUCAGUGUGAUACAGUUCAAGGUGAAUGUCGUGCUAAGUUUGCUUGUCAUCUGGAUUGUUUUGCAUGGGUCAAACGUGAUAGUUAUCUACCUCAAGGGAGCCAUGGUCUGAAGGCUGUCACUAAAGCCAAACUGGGCUAUGAUCCAUUGGAGGUAAAUCCCGAGGAUAUGGUUUGUUUUGCAAUGGAAAAACCCCAGAUGAUGGCAUCAUAUUCGGUAUCUGAUGCCGUGUCAACGUAUUACUUGUAUAUGACUUAUGUUCAUCCCUUCAUCUUCUCACUUGCAACUAUAAUACCAAUGCCUCCCGAUGAGGUAUUGCGUAAAGGAAGUGGGACCCUUUGUGAAAUGCUGCUUAUGGUCCAGGCAUAUAUCGCUAAUGUUAUAUGUCCUAAUAAGCACCAAGCUGAACCAGAAAAGUUUCACAAUGGCCACCUUCUUGAAAGUGAGACGUACAUUGGUGGCCAUGUGGAGUGCCUAGAAACCGGUGUUUUCAGAUCUGACCUUCCAACUAGUUUCAAACUUGAUCCAUCAGCUUUCAAGCAACUUAUCGAUAAUCUCGAUCGUGAUCUCUUAUAUGCUAUUAGAGUGGAGGGUAAGAUGGACAUUGAAUCGGUUAUAAACUACGAUGAAGUAAAGAAUGCUAUUAUGGAGAAGCUUAUAACAUUACGAGAUGAACCUACACGAGAAGAAUGUCCACUCAUUUAUCACUUAGAUGUCGCUGCAAUGUAUCCCAACAUUAUUUUGACAAACAGACUUCAGCCACCAUCUAUAGUUUCAGAUGAGAUUUGCACUGCGUGUGAUUUCAAUCGUCCAGGGAAAACUUGUCUUAGAAAACUUGAAUGGGUUUGGCGUGGAGAGACAUACACAGCAAAAAGAAGUGAUUACUAUCAUAUUAAGAGGCAAAUUGAAUCCGAGUUUGCUGAUGGGCCCAAAUCAAAACCAUUUCUUGAUCUGCCUAAAGUGGACCAACAACUGAAGCUGAAAGAGCGUCUAAAGAAAUACUGCCAAAAGGCAUAUAAGCGAGUACUUGACAAGCCAGUUACUGAAAUUCGAGAGGCAGGGAUAUGCAUGCGUGAAAACCCAUUUUAUGUUGAUACUGUCCGAAGUUUUCGUGAUAGAAGAUAUGAAUACAAAGGACUGAAUAAAGUAUGGAAGGGGAAGUUAUCAGAAGCAAAGGCUAGUGGAAAUCCAAUUAAGAUCCAAGAAGCACAAGAUAUGGUGGUUCUUUAUGAUUCGCUACAGCUGGCUCAUAAAUGUAUUCUAAAUUCCUUUUAUGGAUAUGUCAUGCGCAAAGGUGCAAGAUGGUACUCAAUGGAAAUGGCAGGAGUUGUUACUUAUACUGGAGCAAAAAUAAUACAAAAUGCGCGUUUACUUGUUGAAAAAAUCGGAAGGCCCCUCGAAUUAGACACUGAUGGUAUAUGGUGUGCCUUGCCAGGGUCAUUUCCUGAAAACUUCACCUUUAAAACAAUAGGAUCAAAGAAGUUAACAAUUUCAUAUCCAUGUGUUAUGCUGAAUGUUGAUGUGGCAAGAAACAACACAAAUGACCAAUACCAGACUCUUAAAGAUCCUGUGAACAGAACAUAUACAACACACAGUGAAUGCUCCAUUGAAUUUGAAGUCGAUGGACCAUAUAAGGCAAUGAUUCUUCCUGCAUCUAAAGAAGAAGGAAUUCUAAUAAAGAAGCGAUAUGCUGUUUUUAAUGAUGAUGGUACCCUUGCCGAGCUUAAAGGCUUCGAGAUAAAGAGGAGGGGUGAACUAAAGCUUAUCAAAGUUUUCCAAGCAGAACUCUUUGACAAGUUUCUUCACGGGUCUACCCUAGAGGAAUGCUAUUCUGUAGUUGCCUCUGUUGCAAACCGCUGGCUUGAUCUUCUUGAUAAUCAAGGGAAGGAUAUUGCAGACAGUGAAUUGCUUGAUUAUAUAUCAGAAUCAAGCACUAUGAGCAAGUCUUUAGCAGACUAUGGUGAACAGAAAUCAUGUGCAGUAACCACAGCAAGACGUCUUGCCGAUUUUCUUGGUGAUACAAUGGUAAAAGACAAAGGUCUACGCUGCCAAUAUGUUGUUGCAUGUGAACCACGGGGAAACCCGGUGAGUGAACGGGCUGUUCCUGUUGCUAUAUUUGAAACUGAUGCAGAAAUUAUGAAGUUUUAUGUGAAGAAAUGGUGCAAAAUCUCAUCAGAUAUUGGGAUACGAUCCAUUAUUGACUGGUCAUAUUACAAGCAGCGUCUUAGCUCUGCUAUUCAGAAGAUUAUCACUAUUCCUGCAGCAAUGCAGAAGGUUUCAAACCCUGUCCCAAGAGUGGUUCAUCCUGAUUGGCUGCACAAGAAGGUUCGUGAGAAAGAUGACAAAAUGCGACAAAGAAAGUUAGUUGAUAUCUUUAGUUCAGUGAAAAAGGGUAAUGACGAGGACCCAAAAAUUGAUGCAAAUGGAAACAAUCAUGUAACCCAUGAACAAAACUUUGUGGAUUUGGAGGACUUUGGAAACAAUGUAAAUGCUUCUACAAUUGGACCUAGACCUAUUGUUCGGUCGUAUGAAACUAACCAUAAGAGAAGUGGACUGACAGUUUCUUCUAAAGAAAGUUCUGAUCAUGAUCAAAGUGAGAAUCCUCUGACAUCGUUACAACUGAUUGAUAUUGAUGGAGAUGUAGAUAGACAUCUGGAUUAUCAAGGAUGGCUUGAUUCGAGGAAGAGAAAGUGGAAACUGGUUCGGGAAAAAAGGAAGAGGCAAAGGCUGGACAAUUUGGACAAAUUUAAUCGAAGGAAUGGAUUCGCUGAGAUCCCAAGUGGUGUUGCAAGUAAGAAACAAGCUCACGGAACUGGGGUCGGUUCUUAUUAUAAAAGGCAGGAAGUAGCCUUAACAAGCAGCCAUUGGCAGAUAAUUCAACUUGUUCCAAGCUCGCAACAUGGCCAUUUUUCUGCAUGGGUUGUUGUGGAUGGGGUCAUGCAUAAGAUCCCUAUAAGUGUUCCCAGAGUAUUUUACCUUAAUUCUAAAGCUCCUAUAACCGAAGAAUUUCCUGGAAGGCGUGUCACCAAAAAUCUUCCUCAUGGUCGGCAUUGCUAUAACCUGAUUGAGGUCAUAACUGAUGAAGAUCAAUUUAGAAAAGUCAGCAGAAAACUUUCUGCUCAUCUUGCAGAUCCUGAGGUGGAGGGGAUAUAUGAAACAAAAGUUGGUCUGGAUUUUAAUUCUAUCCUCCAGAUUGGAUGUGUUUGUAAAGUUGAUAAGUCAGCUAAGAAACGAAAUGCAAAAGAUGGUUGGAGUCUAAGUGAAUUGCAUAUGAAAACCACUGCAGAAUGCUCUUAUCUAGCAUCUUCCAUUCCCUUUUUCUACCUAUAUCAUAGCAUAUCUGAAGUACGUGGUAUUUAUCUUGUAUAUUUUCCAUCAUCUUCAAUUAUCCAUGUGGUAAUGGUCAAUCCCUUCCCCAAUAAAGAGUUAACAACAAAUAUUUUAGAGAAACAGUUUCGUGAAGCUUGCCAAGCUUUAUCAAUUGAACCUUCCAUGUCUGGGGAUGUUUCCAGUUUUAAGGUGGACUAUGUCCGAAACCCCAAAGAAGCUGAAAAGAAUUUACAAAAAACAAUAAUUGAAUUCAGGAAUCAGCUUCAUGGACCUGCAAUUGCUUUAAUUGAGUGCCCAGAUGUUGACUUAAUAAAGUCAAGUGUGCGAGCUUUAGAUGAUUUCCCCUGUGUCAAUAUUCCUUCAAAUGCUCGUGAUAGUCAAUAUCAGGCUCUUGGUUGGCAGAUAGUAGCUGCGAAAAUUGGGAUGCAGCGUUGUGCUGUAUCAUCUCAUUGGUUAAACGAAAGAAUUUCUCUUUCCAGAUAUUCUCAUGUUCCUUUAGGCAAUUACGAACUAGACUGGCUUAUCCACACUGCAGAUAUCUUCUUUGCAAGAGCACUGCGUGAUCAUCAACAGAUACUUUGGGUAUCAGAUAAUGGAUUUCCAGACCUUGGAGGGGAUAUUGAAGAAGAGUCUUGUUACUCUGACGAGGUCAAUCAACCAGUUUUCACAACACCCGGUGCUUAUAGGAAAUUCACAGUUGAACUAAAGAUUCAUCAUUUGUCUGUUAAUGCUCUGCUAAAGAGCACCCGAAUAAAUGAUAUGGAAGGAGGUACCCUUUUUGGGUUUGAUUUGGCUUUGGGAUCACAUCUGCCUGGCGAACAGAUAGGAGUAGAUGAGGCCACUUCUUGUUCAGAGGCAUUUCGUAUUCUUAAAAAGUUAAUUCAAAGAUGUCUUGCUGACGUAAUAAAAUAUGGAAAUAUAUUUGCUGAUGCAAUAUUACAACAUUUAUACAGAUGGCUCUGCAGUCCGCGGUCAAAACUCCAUGAUCCAGCUCUUCAUCGAAUGCUUCACAGGGUUAUGCAAAAGGUGUUUGCACUUCUGCUAGCUGAGUUUAGAAAGUUGGGUGCCACCAUCAUUUUUGCUAGUUUUUCAAAAGUAAUAUUGGACACCGGGAAGUCAGACUUAAUUGCAGCUCAAGCUUACUGUGAUAGUUUACUGAAAACUAUACAAACUAGAGACCUGUUUGAGUAUAUCGAGCUUGAACCCACACAGUUCUGGCACUCACUGUUAUUCAUGGAUCAAUAUAACUAUGGUGGAAUUCAAGAUAAACAAGAUCAAACAAAUGAUGGCACACAUGAUGAUUCCCAAGUUGAUAUAGUGCCCAGCUGGAAUAUUGCAGUAAAUCUGCCCGCAAAGGCUCAGGAUUAUUUUAUGUAUAUCGUUUCCGACUUCAUGUACCUCCCAUGGAAAUUUGCUCAAGAUGAAACCAGAAAAAGAGCAACUAUAAGAGAAGAUGAUUCAUGCACUCCAUCAAUCACUGCUGCAGCUGCUGAAAAUUUUGAAUCACGCAUGACUGACCAUCUUAGAAAGAAGAUUCAAUCCCACUUUACCAAUACAUUAUUGAGAAUAGUUGAUGAUAUUGAUAAUAACAUAAAGAAGACAGGCAAAUCUCAGACAGCUCAAGAUAACAAUGUCUAUAAAGGAAAUCCCGCACUAGAGUUUAUAAAGCAUGUGUGUGCUGUCCUUGCUCUUGACCAAGAUGUGCAGCAGGAUAUAUUGAUUAUGAGGAGGAAUCUUUUGAAGAAAGUACGUGUAAGGGAGUUUGCUCCAGAGGCUCAGUUUCAAGUCUGUUCAUUUUCCUUCACCUUACCAAACGUGAUUUGCAGCUACUGCAAUGACUGUAGAGAACUGGACUUGUGUCGUGACAGAGGUUUACUGACUCAAGAGUGGAGAUGUAGUGUUCCACAUUGUGGGCAACCAUACAACCGAGAGGUGAUGGAAAAUAGUCUUCUACAAAUUGUUCGCCAAAGAGAACGGCUUUACCAUCUUCAAGACUUGGUUUGUUUAAAAUGCAAGCAAAUUAAAGCUGCACAUUUGGCCGAGCAUUGCGCGUGUGCUGGAUCUUUUAUUCUCAAGGAAGAUUUGACAAGUUUUAGAAACAAAAUGGAAGUGUUCUUGAACAUUGCCACACAUCAAAAAUUUGAAUUACUCAAAGAUUGUGUUUCUUGGAUUCUCGAAUUAAAACAAUAAAAAAGAACAGAUUUAGUUGAGCUGAUUUGUGUAAUUAUUUUUUAUGUAUUAUAGUUAGAAGGCCCUAACAGGAAUCAGUGUAUAAUUAAUAAACAGUUAAUAGCGUGAAGAACAAGAAGUUUUUUUGUGAUUCUAUGUUAUUGCUUUAAAUUGGGCAAGUACAUUUCA